UCUUCUAUGUCAAGGUCUAGGGUUUGUGUUCCCAUUUGUUGCGCAUGGUACUGUAACUCAAUUGUCAUUUCUCUUCUCUAGCCAUGGAACUUUCAUGCUAAGAUCGAUCUCUUUUCUCCUAAUGAAAAUCUUCCUGUCUUGGAAUGGGUUAGAAGAAAGGAGAGAGAAGGAAGAUGAUAAGGAUCAUGGUCGUCUUGUAGCUAGCUACUCCUGUAGGUCCUAAUCUAUAGUAAUUAUUUCCCGAGUUGAUCUUAGCCCUAAAAACCUUUGUCUGAUUUUUCCUUCUCCUUUGAAAUUAUAAGUCCUGAACCUGGAGCUUGAAAGUAGAAUUAGAAGUGAAAGACAAACAGGAACCAUGGAGGAAAGCCACUGCGCAGAAGGUUCCAAGACAAGUCCUUCUGAACAGAAUGAGGAUGAGGAUGAGAGCGAAGAGAAUGAUAGUGAAGGUAAGCAUAAAAACUGUAGAAGCUCAAGCAACAGCACUGUUGAAGAGAAUGAGAAGAAGGGGCAUUCAGGAGCGGUACGACCAUAUGUUCGAUCCAAGAUGCCAAGACUCAGAUGGACACCUGAUCUCCACCUUCGUUUUGUUCAUGCUGUUGAAAGACUCGGUGGACAAGAAAGAGCCACACCUAAGCUGGUUCUUCAACUGAUGAACAUCAAGGGACUUAACAUUGCUCAUGUCAAAAGCCAUCUACAGAUGUAUCGAAGCAAGAAGAUCGAAGAUCCUGGUCAAGUACUGGCUGAUCAUCGGCAUCUUGUGGAAAGUGGAGAUCCAAAUAUUUACAACCUCAGCCAACUCCCCAUGUUACAAGGACUCAAUCAAAGACCUACUUCUAGUUUCAGAUAUGGAGAUGCUUCAUGGAGUGCCCAUGAGAACUGGAUGCACAGUCCUUUUAUUGGCCGGAGUUCAGUUGAUAAGACCACCAGACCAGGAUUUUAUGGUUCAGUCACUGAAAGGAUAUUUGGUGGCAACAAUAACAAUUCUACUAGUUGCAACUUCCAUAUGGGUACUUCUUUAAAUGAAUACUCUACUUGGGGAACCCAUGUACGGAAAGAUUCAUUCCAGACCUCAUUUCAUGAUCAUGAAUCCUGGCGAGGCCAAGCCGGAUCAAGCCUGAAAGAGCUCAAUCAGUUAACCCAAAUGCAAGCGCAUGUGAGAGAGCGCAGAGAACAUAUGAGUCUCAAGAGCAGGAUCCCUUCAGAUAUGAACACAGCAACGAACCUACAGGAGUGGAAGACAGUGAAAAGGAAGGCUUCGGAUUGUGACCUUGAUUUGAAUCUCUCUCUUAAGUUAACACCAAGGAAUGAUGAGACCGCUCGAGGUUUGGAGCAUAAUGAAGUCGACAGCUGCAAUUUAUCCCUGUCUUUGUACUCACCAUCAUCCUCAAAGCUUAGUAGGUUGAAGGAAGGGCGAGAUGAUAGUAUGGAGCAUGCAACAAGGGCAAGUACUCUUGAUCUGACUAUAUGAAUGGGACAAUUCUAAGUGAGAUCUUGAGGUACUUAUUCUAGAGAAAGCAUUUUAUGAUUGUCUUAUACCAUGAUACAAGUUAUUAAUAGUCAGAACUUUGUUCCUCUUUUUGUUGUUUCUUUUGUCAUUGCCUUCUAUAAUUUAGCUAUCAAACUUGAAUUGGUGACUUUCA